GAGGCCGCCGUGUCGGUGCACCGCCCGGAGUGGCCCAGGCUGCUGGCCGUGGCCGAGGACAUCCCGCCCGACCACUGGGAGGGCGACGUGGAGAGGUGGCCGGACGUGGCGCGCGCGAACCAGCGGCUCCCGAGGCCCAAGACGGGCAGCACGGCCGAGGACGACGUGCUCACCACCGACAGCGACUUCCUGCGCUCUAGCGCGCAGGGCCGCCAGUCGCCUCCGUCGCCGCGGCAGCGCCACGCGGCCGUCCUGGGGUGGGCGGGCUCCCAGGCCCCGCCCGGCGCCGGCAGCUACCCGGACGGCAGCCAGAGCGCGCGGCUGCCGGCCGCGAGAGG